UGAGGUCAAAAUAAAACCAGCUUGAUAUGAACUCCAGGGUUUCUACGCACGGAGAGAGAGAGGGGCCAUUACCGCUUCGUCCAGGGUUGCUGCAGCUCCUUCCGUCUCUUCUCGAAAAUGCCAUGAGGCCCACUGCUAAGUCAAUCAAGCUCUCCUUCAGGAAGAGGAGGUCGAGCUCCGUUUUGCGGGCGGGUGCUUCGGGGAGGGCGAGGUCGACGACCUCUUUGGUUCCUGCUCCAUCGACUUCUUCGGGAUCAAUCGAGAUCUCCAGCGCGGGCGAAGAGCAGCAUGUAGUCGUCACAUUGCCGCUGAGGGUAGCUUUUUCGGCCACCACAGAGCCUAUCCGAGCAGUGUCUCCAUCGCUUCCUCGAUCUCCAUUGCCAAUCCGAUCCGAAUCGCUUCUAGUUUCCUCGAUGGCCCCGACUUCUUCGGCUUGACAGGAGGCGGGGCCUUCAUCGUCGGCUUUCGAGGAGGAAUUUGUGACAGUGACGAGGAGAUUCCAGAGGGAGGAUUCAGCCCUCGACAACCAGCACCUAGUCCAAGAGUUGAUCAAGAUGGCGCUGCUGCCGGCCAAUUGGGCUAAGACCAAGGCAAGACCUUUUGAUAAGGCCUUGACCUCCUCGUUUGAGGACAUUCUGAAGGUAAGUCUAAACUUACACAUUUCUCCUUUCUUUUGCACAAAGUUGUCUGACCUCCAUUUCCUCUUGCAGUUGAUGCAUGAUGUGGUCCAGAUCGGCGAGAUCGUUGUUGGAUUGGGUUGGGUGAAGGGGAAGCUGGAAAGAGAUCUUCAGGCCAUGGAGGUCAGGAGGAAAGCUUCAGAGGAGGAAGCCUCCAAGGCUCAGUCCGAGCUUCAAGUUGCCAGGGAGCGGAUCGUGCAGCUCGAGCGCUUCCUUGCUGUGGAGCACGGGCUCAGGGCGGUGCAAUAGAGGAGAGUCACUGAGCUCGAGGAGGCACUUUGGCUGGAGGUGAGGUCGACAGAAGAGAAUGCCAGAUCGAUGGAGGCUCAAGCAGAGGCCGACAAAGCGAAAGCAGUUGCUGAAGCCAAGCUGAAGGCUGUUGAAGAAUACAAGGCUUCAGCAGAGUUUGAGGCAAAAGUCACAGAAGGUUCUUCGGUAGUCUUUGGUUAUGGCUUCGAUGCUUGCAAGGCUCAAGUGGCACACUUUUUCCCCGAAAUGGAUGUCAGUCGACUCAAUCCAUAUGAAGUUGUUGGGGAAGAAGUUGAGCAACAAGCAGGGGGAUCGGUUGAGCCCACUGUGGAGCCUGUCGUAGUUGAGCCUUUCCCUACAAUCGAGCUUGUGUCUGACGAGUCAACUGACACCAAAGGUCCCGCCAUUGAGUCGAUAGCGGUAGAAGUUCAGAUGGAUCCUGAGCCAAUUAUUGAUGUCGAGUCAUUAUCCGAUGAGUUCUAAACCUUGUUCUUUUGUUUAUGGCUGUCUUUUGUAUUUGCCUCUGGUGUUCUUGUAAAUGAACUUUUGAUGGAGUAAUGAAGUGUUUUUACCUUUUGUA